AAAAAAAUAAUUGAAAAUCCAAUAGUUGAUAAAAUAUUGGAUAUAAUUGCAAAAGCAAAUAUAGACAGGUUGGAUUUUGGACUAAAAAAAAUAACCAAUAAUCAUUCCCAUGUUGUAUUCACAAAUGUAAUUAUAAAUCUGGGCACUUGAAGGACACCACCUCUUAGGUCUUCAUUUAUUUUCGAUUCCCUUGUUUUUCUGUAGACAUUAUUUUGUUCCUCAAAUGCCAGUCAUUCCUGGUCUGGAGUCUUUCCCUGGGCUCGUUAUGCACAGUCAUGAUUAUCGGCAUCCUGAAGUCUUUCAAGGAAAACAUCUGGUUAUCCUUGGUGCUGCCUCUUCUGGCCAAGACAUUUGUCUUCACGCAGCUAACCAUGCUGAAAAAGUCUACCUCAGCCAUAAAAACACACUCUGCUGUAAACUUCCAGAAAACGUGGAACAACACAGGCCGAUAAAGUCUGUAUCGGAGGAUGGAACAGUCCUGUUUGAGGAUGGGCAAGAGAGGAAAGUUUGCGCCAUCUUACUUUGCACUGGUUACAAUUUUUCUUUCCCUUUCCUGCAUGAUGAUUGUCGCAUUCAAGUUCGGAACAAUAGAGUAACUCAUUUGUAUAAACACCUUUUCAAUACAAAAUACCCAACGAUGUCUUUCAUUGGACUUGGACUUAAAAUCUGUCCAUUUCCACAAUUCAGUCUGCAAGCCCAGUGUAUUGUCGCAGUUUUGAGCGAACGCAAGAAGUUGCCAGCUGAAGAAGAAAUGAAUGCUGAUGAAGAAAAAGACUACCGGGAGAAACUUUCGAGCUGUCUGCUCGAGAAACCAGGGGCACCCAACGAGAAUAUAGUUCAAAACCACUUAAACAUAGCAUUGUUAAACGUGCUUUAGUAUUUAAACGGUGGAUAUGGGCAUAUUUUUAUCCCCUAUAAAUUUUUCAUCUGUUCGGAUUUCCUAGCUGAAAAUCUAGUGAUCCGAAAAUUAUAGAGAUCAAAACUUACCUGUUCGAAUAUUUCAGCCAGGAAAAAGGCUCCCGAAAAUUCUAGGUGACCAGUUUUAGGGUAAAAAUCCGUUAAAAAUGGGCAAUUUUACCAUUUCUUAGAUGUUCGAAAAUCCUAGGAGAGGCAGGUAAGCAAUCAAUUUUACAACAAAUGUUCCGAAAAUUCUAGAUCUCAAAUUGUCUUCCGAACAGAUAUUUUUCCGAAAAUUGUCGUUGGGUGCCCCUGAGAAGCACGCUCAUGUGUUAGGAGACAAACAGUGGGAUUAUGAUAACACUAUUGCAGAGCUUGCUGGAGCGGAAUUAUUAAGCACAGUUUAUGAGGAUCUGUAUAAUCAUGUUUGCCACAGGAGGAAAAAUUGUCUUAUGGAUUAUAAGAGCGACGAGUUUCAGUUUACCACUGAUGGCACGUGGGCAUCAGUUCAGCGACAAUAG